UCUGCCUGGGGUGGGCGCUGCCCGGCUGGGUGGCAACAGUUGAACCUCCCAUCUCACGGGGAGGACGGAGGUCCACACUCCCCUGCACCUCCUGAUUCGCUCUCCCGGCUUCCGAAGCCCUGCCCUCCCACUCAAAUUAAACCACCUCUGCACUCCUGGUGCAGAAUUGAACUGAUCCGUGGCAACGUACACAGGGAGUGACUACUCCAAAAAGCCACAUCCAGGCAGGCACUAUCUACACCAGCACACGUGGAGGUGAGAGGAGCCACAGAAGUUGAUAAUACGAUUAAAUAGGUGCCGUUUGCAGACUUCCACAUGGAUCUGAGCACGGAGAUGCAGAAGAUGUCCAUUCUCCAUCAGGCAGGAAAAGGAACCCCGUGCCUAGGAUGCAGAGGGAUGUGUAAGGCAUUUGAGCCACAUCCUUGGAGAAAGAUAUGCAAGUCAUGCAAAUGCAACCAAGAGGAUCACAGCCUGCCCUCUGAUGCGGAGGAUGAUCGGAAAAUUGGCCGGCUUUUGACUGAUUCUAAAUAUUCCAAUCUGACUGCCCGGGUGAAGGGAGGAGAUGGAGUUCGCAUUUAUAAAAGGAACAGAAUGAUCAUAACCAACCCUAUUGUGUCGAGGAAAGAUCCAACUUUUGACACGGUCACAUAUGAGUGGGCUCCACCGGGUCUUACCCAGAAACUGGCGAUUCAUUAUAUGGAUUUCAUUCCAAAGGAAAUGCAACCAAUUGCUGGUACCGAAGGGGCCUAUUAUCGCCGCAGGCAACUAAUGAGGCAGCUGCCUGUCUACGACCAGGACCCCUUUCAAUGUCACGCCUUGUCAGAGAGUGAAAUGAAGAGCAUGCAGGAAUUCAUCAGGAAGUACAAGACUGACAUGCUGGGCGUUGGAGAAGUGGCGCUGCCCGGCCAAGCAGCCGGUACCAAAGACAACAUCAACCAAAGACAGACGACAGAAGCCCAGGGACAGUUUUCCAAUGGAAAAAUAGUAAAGGAAAAACCCCAGGAUAGCCCAGCUGCACCCAAUGGGACGUUGGCAGAGUCCCAGCAGGAAGACAAAUAUCAUUGUGAGCUCUGCAAGCAGACAGUCAGCAGUGAGUGCCCUGUGGUAUAUAGCGAACGAGCAGGGUAUGCCCGCCUUUGGCACCCAGCGUGCUUUUUAUGCACCUGGUGUAAAGAACCCUUGGUGGAUCUCAUCUAUUUCUGGAAGAGCGGCAGGCUGUUGUGUGGGCGCCAUUACUGUGAGAGUGAGAAACCUCGCUGCAAUGCCUGUGAUGAGUUAAUUUUCUCAGAAGACUACGUAGAAUGCAAGGGACUGACAUGGCACAAGAAACACUUCUGCUGCCUGGAGUGUGAGCAGCCAUUGCAGGGAAAGGCCUACGAGCUGGACCAGGUGAAGCUGCUCUGUCCACCCUGCAGCAACAGGAUCAAGAGAAUGUGAAAACCUUUCACUGUAACCAAGACCAUGCCACAUAUAAAAAUUAACCCAUUAAACUUCAGUCAGCUAGAUCAUAGAGUGCAAAUCUAACAUAAACUGGUAGGAACCCUCAUGAGUGAAAUACUCCCACAUAGUGGACAUUCUUUAAAACUAUGUAAGAUUCAUUCAAAAGGCUGAAUUGAUGUAUUUGUUAUUGGUUCAAUAUUUUCCAAUGAUCCACUGAAAGAAGAUUGUAAUUUGGUAUCCUGUGCCCAAUUGCAAUGAAGUAUACCUGCCUUCAAUCUCACACUAAGUUUUAUUUUGAGGAUUGAAAAAAUGACAUUGUUUUUGCAGUACAUACAUAUUUUUGAGACACCAUGCUUCAAUCUUUGUCAUGCUUAUCUAUUGACUAUAGGAUACAGUAGCAUGAUAAGCACAUGAUUGAAGGAAGUUCAUCUGAUCUAUCGCAAUGGCAUCUUUGUGAGGGUUUAUUUCAGCUUAAGCCAAGUUGUUAUCAAGUUGUUAGAUCUAUGCGUUAAUGUAAUGGUGAAAUGCAUUUAGAUUAUAAAUAGCAAAGUAUUUGAAGUUAGAAUUAAAUCCAUCCACAACAUCAAUAUGUUUUGCAGUUUAAAUUAUUCAACGGAAAAUGAAAUCAUUUCCAGAGAUCCCCAACUGGCAAGCAGGUACAAACAGUGAAUAUAUAACCCACAGAAACCUCUCAAUCCCUGGGACUGAACUGUUUUGGUAUUGAUAUAACAGCAAAAGUGCUUCUAUUAACGUUGGUACCCCCAUGUGCAUUGAGGGAGAAGUUGGCUAGAUUCACUUGCUAAUUCACUGUCCAGACACCCCAUUCUUAAAGGACUUUUUCAAGUUGAAAGUGACAUUGGACUGUAUUAUGAUGGACAAUUUCAGAUGCUCCUGUUGGUUGGGCACUAGAAUAAGCUCCGACACCCUUGGAAUGCACCAACUAAAGAGAAAAUAUACGGCCAUGAGCGCUAUCAGUUUUCAGCGCUAAUUUAAAGUUAUGGCCUUGUAGAGUCAAGAUUUAUCUUUUGUCAUAAUAGACUACAAAAUAUCAGAACAGCAGAUAUUUCAGAUUUGGACGUUGAAAUAACUCUCGGGUAAUUUAAUUUGUAUCAUAUCUUUAGGGAGGAUUUUCAAGGACAAGACUUGCUGCCUUUGAUGUAAAGUUGCUCUGAUUUAAGACAACACUGCAGAAAUGCCAAUGUAAUAUCCCCUAAUCCAUGUUCCUCUUGCAUCAGAUGACUGCAUUACUGUCUAUCUAUGACUGCAAUUGAGCAACUACUUAGUGAUUAGAUAUGUCUUGUGUUGUUCCGUAACAAUUGUUUCCUUGAACGUUUUGAAGGAUCAGGACAAAAGUAUGAAUAGCAUGUUGAUUAUUUCAGCAUUAUCCAAAUUCCGCAUACUCUGCAGCAGAGGGAGGUUACCAAGUUGAGCUUUUUGACAUUUAUAUGAUUAUUUGCAGUAGAGAAUCUUGUUGCUUGACGGAAGACUAACUUUGUUUUCAAAUUUCAAAAGAAUUGAUUGUUCAUUGUAUAUAAGUAUGUAUGUAGUGUUUAGGUCUAUAAGGUAGAUGUUACAAAUUUGCAAGGCUAACAAUGAGAUUCACCAGCAGGGAACAGAUACUGGGCAUUUGGAGUGCAAGGGCUGGGGGUUUGGGAAAUGUGGACUGUGGUUUCAAUCUAAUCACGCUCCAUAAGUGUACCCUUCCUUUAAAAUCCUGUUCUACGUACUCCAUUUACUUGGAGUUACUUUGACCUUCUCAACCACCAGAGAAAUCAAUAGCAUGGUGCAAUUUCAGCUUUAUGGUCUUCCCAUUAUGACCAAGCAGUGAUUUUAAUGUUAAGCACCAGACUUGCUUAUGAUCCAGUUAUUAGGUUCCCAAUAGGCAGGCUAGAUUAAAAUUAACAUCCUGAUUUUAGAAUUCAGUGCUUAUUCUUAAGCAAGUCUACAGUGGAACAGUUUAACAUUGAAGUGGGGGAUACGGGAGAAGAUCUGAUGCUGUCCUUCUUGGGUGAGUGUGAAGGAAGAAGGGAACAUUAGGAUGGGGCAUUCAACUACAAAGCAAGGCCAAUGGAUCCAGUAUUUGCAUUCAGCAUACCUCUGUCCCUCACCCAUUUGUACAUCAUCAUCGCAGAUCAAAGCACAGAAGGAAAAUGUUAAACAUUUUUUUAUGAGGUGGGAAGAGGCUUCUAUUUGUGAAAAUUAUAUAAUUAGCAUAAGUUAAUGACUGCAUGUGCCCAUUUUGGGAAGCAGUGAAUGACUAGUCUAAGUGUAGACUUCUGUAAUUACCUUUUGAGAACAUAAAUAAAAAUUAAAAGCAAACAUU